AGGUUUCAGAUCAGUAACCUCCAAAGGACUCAGGGACCAGAGUCAACCAUCAUGCAGUGCAAAGGAAUACACUGCUAGCUUAUGUACAGAUGAGUUGUAGGUUUCACCUUCCGAGGCACUUGUUGCUUCUGGCACCAUGGAUGAUGCUGCAGUCCUUAAGAGGAAAGGUUACAUCAUGGGGAGCAAUUUAGGAGAGAGCUCUUUUGCCAAAGUGAAAUGCGCCUACUCUGAGCGCCUGAAAUUCCACGUGGCAGUGAAGAUUACAGACAGGAAAAAUGUUCCUCCUGAGUUCUUGGAAAAAUUUCUCCCCAGGGAAUUGGAGAUAUUGGCAACAGUGAGCCACUGUUCUAUCAUCAAGAUCUAUGAGAUCUUUGAGACAUCUGGCAAAGUCUACAUAGUCAUGGAGCUCGGUGUACGAGGAGACUUACUGGAGUUUAUCAAGAGAAACAGAGGUCUGCCUGAAGAAGUAGCACGCAAGAUGUUUCGCCAGCUAUCUUGUGCCGUCAAAUACUGCCAUGAUUUGGAUGUUGUCCACAGGGACCUGAAAUGUGACAACAUCCUUUUGGAUAAAGACAUGAACAUCAAACUGUCUGACUUUGGCUUUUCCAAACGGUGCUUCCAGGAUGAGAAUGGGAAAGUGAUCCUCAGUCAAACCUUCUGUGGUUCUGCUGCUUACGCUGCUCCUGAAGUGAUAGAAGGCAUUCCUUAUCAGCCCAAAGUUUAUGACAUAUGGAGCCUGGGCGUCAUUCUGUAUGUGAUGGUCAGCGGAUACAUGCCAUACGAUGACUCCAACGUUAAGAGAAUGCUCCGCUUUCAGAAGGAACACCGAGUGAUCUUCCCUGAGUCUUUGACACAUGAAUGCAAAGAUCUUAUUUUCCGUAUGCUGCAGCCCGAUGUGUCUCACCGGCUACAAAUCGAAGAUGUUUUGAACCAUGCUUGGGUGCAGGGGAAGCGCCAGAAGCCACACACCAUGCUUGAAUAAUCAAUCAAUAAACCACUAAGCACAAACAAA